AUGGCAAGAGCCAUGCACCAUUAUUGGGGGAAGCCUAUUGUGAUCAUACCAAAAGAGGUGUACUACACAUUGGGGUCGUAUGAGAAAGUAGCUGAAAAAACAUCUCGUGGGGCAAAGUGUUUUCGCACGACAUGCACGAUGGUCAGUGACAGCUGCGGCGGACCGGUAUCGGCUCGGAUCGCUAUCAAUCAACUAAUAUCAUACUCAAUAUCAAUCAUGACUCAAUCUGAUGACCAUCAACUCAUUCAAAAUCAAUCUCAAGAACCUCAAAAUAUCCAUCCUGGUCUAGAAUCUCUAAACACUUCAUCAAACGAAUCAGAGAUAAACCUCUUGGAAACCGAAAACUCAGAUCAACAGAAAUCAGAAAAUGAUCAAGAGACUGAAAACGAACCUAGUCACGAAAUAGAAGAACCAGAAGGGAAAGAGAGUCAAGAACGAUCAGAUGUGCAAAAAGCUCAACAAGAUGAACAAGAGCAAGAGCUAGAACGAGAUCGUGAAUUGGAAAGAGAAAUCGAAUCGAAUUUACAAUCUUUCAUUCAAUCUUUAACUUUUCAUCAAUCUCAAUCGGAACCUCAAUCUGAACAUGAAUCUCAAACCAAUGAAGCUCACUUGGAUUCACUUUCAAUCUUAUCUGAAUUGGCUUCAAAUGUUUUACCCGUCGAAACUGAUCAUCAAACCUCACUUCAUUCAACAGAAGAAGACCAAGCCUUUCAUUCUCUCUUAUUAGGUUCUUUACCUCAAGAUUCACAUACUUUAUUAUCCUCAACAAAUGAUCAGCAACAUGAUCAGUUUCACUCUAUCGAUCAACAUCGUCAUGCUCAAGAUUUAUUAUCAGCUCUUUCAGUACUUCAAACUCAUGAUCAUUCAUUCGAUCCACAUCAUUCAUCUUCUCUUACAUUUGAUUCAAUUUUUAAUACUUCAUCUAAUCCGACUCAUAAAGUUCAUCAAAUCCAAUUCUCCAACUCAUUCUCAUCAUCUUCCUCAUCAGAAAACACACCAAGAACCGAUCUUCCAACCCAUUCUUCAUUAGAUCAAAUCCAGUCUUCAAACUUUCUAGAUCAUUCUAAUCAUUCUGAUCUAGAUAGCUUCUUAUUGGGACUUUCUACGCCUUCUAUCCUUGAUCAAAAUCCACCUCAAACUCAUUCAGAUGGAUUUGAUGAUUUGUUAUUGGCUUCAAUCGAUCAACAUUUAUUGGCUCAAGAUUUAUCAUUAGAUAUGAUUGAUAAUGAAACUGAAUUAGCUUUAGAAUCAAAUGAAACUUAUUCAAAUCAGAUCAGAGCUUUAUUAGAUCAACUCAAUCUAGCCUUAGAAAGAGGCGAAGAACUUGAGGCGAUCACUUGCAACUCAUUAUGCUAA